CGCUCUUUGCUGUUCUUGUCUCCGUCUCCCGCUCCCUGCCCCAGAGCAUAUAAACCUGCACACUCUCUUGCCAGGUCCCUCCAUCCCCCAACAGCACCUCUCGUCUCCCUUCUCCGCUCACUCAACACUCGCUACUCACUCACUCACUCACCCGCUCACUCGCUCACUCAAACACUUGAUCAUCAUGCGUUUCUUCUCCUCCACCCUCGUCGUCGCUUCCCUCGCCGUCUCCGCCCUUGCCGUGGCGCACUCCAGUGUCUCCGGCCACGUUCACGCAAGGCGUUGCAGCCGUCGUGCUUCCACCUCCGCCGUCGCCUCUCCCGCCUCUUCCUCUGCUGCCGCCUCCUCCGCGCAACCCGUCGCCUCCUCCUCCGCUAUCCACACCUCCUCUUCCCACUCCGCCCCUGCCGCGACAUCGUCCUCCCCCGCUGCCGCUACCCCCACUGCUGUCUCUGACAGCACUACCGGCAGCGAGAGCUACCUCUCGGGCACUCAGACCGGCCAGGGUACCUACUACGGCACUGGCUUGGGUGCGUGCGGUAUCACCAACACCGACACCGACUACAUUGCCGCCGUCAGCAAGCUCUUGUUCGACACCUACCCCGGUUACGCCGGUGUCAACCCCAACAACAACCCUGUUUGCGGCAAGAAGAUCAAGGCUAACUACCAGGGCAAGAGUGUCACCAUCACUGUGACCGACCGCUGCGAGGCUUGCAAGAUCACCGACCUCGACUUCUCCCCAACUGCGUUCUCCCAGAUCGCAGAUCAGUCCAUCGGUCGCAUCAGCGGCAUGACCUGGAACUGGGUCUGAGCCUCCCCCCACCCCCUUCGGGAUCCGUGCUGUCCUUCCAAACCCUUCCUCUAUUAUUAUUGGGUUCCGAGCUCGCUCAUCCCUUUCUGGUACUUAUAAUUCCUCUAUUGCACAUACAUAGUUGUUCGGUUUCGACGCCUGGGCGUUCUCAUCUGCUCUCCCGACGCGUGCGAAGGGAAAGCGGACGAGCUAGGAGGACCGCCAUGCGCACAGCCUUUUCGUCGUGUUACCUGGUAUAUCGCAUGUCGCUAUUUGUAGCACGACCUGUCGAGCUUGCCUCGACGCCUGCUGGUCUCGCACUCGCUCCGUUAUUCUCUCUAUUGCUAUAAUUAUGUUGUAUUGCCAUAGACGCCUCUGCGGGGUAUAUGAAACAAUGGGAACUUGUUCUUUGGGCAGUC